AUGGGUUGGUUCUGGGCCGAUACGCAGUCAAAGGCGCCUGUUGCGCCACACCCAACAACACCUGGCGCUGCUAUCCCUCCCGGAUGCCCGAUGCACGAGUCGGGUUCAGCGCCAGCUGCUGCUCCUGCCGCAGCCCCCCAGGCUGCCGAGCCUCCCAGUAACUGCCCAAUGUCCAAAGCUAAGGACUCGCCCUUCUACGCAGCACCGAAAUCCUCGGAUUCGCAAGCUCCUCCAGCGCCCGCCGCUCCCGCUCCCGCUCCCCAGCAAUCGACCCUGUCCAAGCUGAACCCUCUGAACUACAUGUUCUCCUCGAUCUCCCAGGAGCGCGCACCCCAGCAGACCGUUGACCUCUCCAUUGACCGUGAGACGUCCUCGAUCCCUCGGGGUGACUCCCAGGGUAACUGGGAAUACCCUUCUGCGCAGCAGAUGUACAACGCAAUGCUGCGCAAAGGAUACACGGAUACACCUCAGGAUGCGGUGGAGUCUAUGGUUGCUGUUCACAACUUCCUGAACGAGGGUGCUUGGAACGAGAUCAUUGGGUGGGAGCGUACGUUCGCCAAGGGUCUCGGGGCUGGUUGGGAGCGGUGCCGCCGCGGCGAGGAGAACCUGAACUACCAGCUGAUGAGAGAUGAGAUGACGGGCAACAUUGACCAGGCGACUGAGCCUCGUCUGAUCAGAUUCCAAGGCCGGCCCAAGGAGUUGACUCCCAAGGCCCGCAUCUUCCAGGCUCUUGGAUGGGUGUACCCUACCAAAUUCGAUUCCCCUCCACCCUUUGACCGCCACGACUGGUUCGUUCAGCGUCAAACUCCCUCGGGUCCUAAGGAGGUCCGUUACGUGAUCGACUACUACUCCGGCGACCCUGAGCCCAACGGCGAGCCCGUCUUCUUCCUUGACAUUCGUCCUGCUCUGGACUCCCCCACCGCUGCCGUUGAGCGUCUGAUGCGAUGGGGUGGUGAUGUCUGGUGGAGAGCCAGUGGCGGUGCUGUCCGUGAACCUGGCCAGAGUCAUGGCCACUAA